CUUUCACAUAAAUGUUAACUUUUAACGUGAAACUGUUAUAAACGGUUUAUUUUUGAAAGCUGAUUUUUUAUAGUUAGAACUUCUCAAAAGUUUUUUUUACUGGUCUCAUAAUGUCCUCGGAACCUUCGCGAGCGAGAAGGGCGCGUUGCAUUAGGCUAUUUUCCACAGCGUUAUGUCUUCCAAUCAUCUUGUUUUGAACAACAAGAUUUGAACAAUAUUUUUAAGUUAUCCAGUUUCCGAUUUUUUUCCGAUUUAUUGGAUUCGUAGUAAGAUUAAUAUUUUUAAGACAUAAAGCCUUCUUCAAACUUCGCAAUUCUCCUCAAUUUUGAAAAGUCUCUUCAAAACUUCUUCAAUUUCCCUUUAAAAUGGAAUUUUUAACAACCUUCUUCUCAAAUCUCUUCAAUUUUCCUUUUACAGAAAGUAUAGAAAGGCUACGUUGGUAAACAAAUACUCUGCUCUUCACUCGUGGCAUUACUUUUCAAUUCUCCAUAAAUCUUCUUAUUUCUCUGUAAAAAUGUGAAAAUCUCCUCAAAUCUUCUCUGGAAAUACCGUCAUCUCAAAAAGGCUUGAAAAAUUUAAUCGAACAUCUUCAUAUCUCCUCAAAUGUGACUAAAAAGAGUGUCUUUUUGGUGUCUCUGCUUCUAUUUUUAAUUUUUUUUUCUUUGUUAAUGUUGUUUUAAUUUUCGGGCGACUUUCUCAUUUUUUUGUUUUCUUUAAAAGCCAAGGUCAGUGAUUGGUUCCCUUCAAAAGCAGAGCCAAUCAACAUGCUGGUUUCGUUUGAAAUUAUUUUUUAUAAUUAAUGAGCUAAUUUUUUUGCCGAUUUUAAUUAUGACGCAUCACUGCUUUCAAAUAUUUAUAUCAAAAUAUUUUCUUUUUUAAUUUUUUUUGUUGCCAUGACUUUCAUUGAAUAAAUCAUUGAAGUAUCCAACAGUAUAUAUAUAAAUAAAGAUAUCCCAACUAGAUUUUGUGACAAGCUGCUGGUCGAGGUGGAAGUGAAGAUAGAUGAUGUAUAUACACUGAGUUCUCCAUUUUAGUUUACUCGUUGAAAGCUGUAUUUAUUUAUUGAUAAUUUUGGUACUGUAGUGAAGUAAAAAAUUAUUGUCAAGACUGUUUAAGUUGGUUUCAUAGUUCUUACUUGACGGUGUAUAAAAAUCAGUUACGAAGAUUGAGUUUGAAAAUUAGGAAAACAGACAAAAACUGUGACGAACUUGUUGGGAUUUUUUAAAACAACAUAAUCGUGAAGUUUUCAGUACCCAUGGCUGAGUUUUCUGUCAUUAUCAAGAAAAAGGAUUCAGACGAUAAUAGGAAAGUGAUGUUUCUGGAUUCGACUGAUUAUUCCUCUGAUGAUACAGCCCAACUUUCCACAACGAAGAAAACCAAGAAAAACAAGAAGUCGCCUCGAAAGAGACUAUUAGAGAAAAGACAACAGACAUUUCCGGUUUGUCCCGUUUGUCGUGAUCUAUUAGAUGAACGAAUCAAGCGCAUAUAUACGAAACCGAUUAGUACGGAGGUCUAUUUCCCCUUUUUGGAUCACGUGCCUAGUAUUCCGUCUAGUCGGUCAGCAAGAGUGAAAAUUUGUUACCCAUGUUAUGAACAUUUAAUGAGACAAUGGAAAGAAUUUAAUCGAGCUGGAAUACCUCAGCGAAAACGAAAAUACCGCGACAGAAACGGUGAUAAAAUCAAAUCUGAAAAAGAAUUGCAACAAGAGGAACAACAAAAGCUAGAGGAUGGAGCAGCGCAAGAAAACAAAGAUAAAGAAUUUGCUGGCAUAAGUGGGGGAGAAGAGAACCAAACAAAGGAGAGUGAUGAAGCAGCUCCUAAAAAGGAAUUAACAAAAGAAGAAGAAUUGGAGAUCAUGCUCUCCCAAUUACAUAUGCAUAUCCAACUUAUCGAGUUUAACACAAAUUCUUACAUGGAGCAGAAGAAUAAAGAGGUGGAACAAACUAUACGUAAAUACAGCAACCGAAUGAGAGACGAAAUUCAAAGCUUGAAAAUCGAGAUUGUGAGAAAACAAGUUGUGCGAAUGCGUAGAGAGAUUGGCGAACUGAGAUUAGAAUUGACAAAAGAUGUGCAUGAUGUAAAGAAGAAAGUGACUAAACAAGAAAAGUUGCAGAGUGACAAUGAAAGUAAUUUGAAAAAAAAUGCACAACCUUUUUUACCUUGAAAACUGUUUGUCGGUGAUGUUUGUUAGUUGUGUCAUUUCGAAGUACUUUCUAUACAACAAUUCUCUGUGAUAGAAAAAUGUUUAGCAUAGUCUAAAAAUAUACUUCUUCAUAGCUA